AUGACUGCUUGCUAUGACGGGUGCAGCUGCCUCACAGAUAUAAAAUAUAUCAACUGUUCGGGUGGGAAUCUUACCACUCCUCUUAGGAAUGUCCCCCACAACACAGAGUACCUGGACCUGUCCAGAAACCUGUUGACAGUGGUCCAAGCAGGGUCAUUUGGGACCCUGUGGAGCCUGAGGGUGCUCCUUUUAAAAGAGAACAACCUCAGCCAUGUAGAUGACGGAGCUUUCUCCUCCCUCCAGGGGCUGAGGAGGCUGGACCUGAGCCAUAACCACCUUUCUGCCCUGGGGCCUGGCUUCUCCCUGGGCCUUGAAUCCCUAACCGAGCUCCUGCUGGAUCACAACCAUCUCACCGUCCUGGAGAGUGGGACCUUCCACAGCCUGGAUUGCCUCCAGAAGCUGGACCUGAGCAGCAACCUAAUCUCCACAGUAAAGCCCAGAGCCCUGGGUUACCUGACUGGCCUGCGCCAGCUCCACCUGGAGGGGAACCAUCUAACCUCCCUGGGUUCAGGCCUCUUCUCCACACUGCGCUCCCUGGAGGUGCUGGGCCUUCGGGGGAACUUGAUCAGCUCCACUGAGCCAGGAGUCUUCGCUCCUAUGUCUUCGCUAACUCUGCUGGACCUGGCCCUCAACCGUCUAAGCACCUUGGGCUACAGGACCCUGUUGAGCAUCCACACCCCCAGCCUCCAUGUCCUGUUGGAGGGCAACCCCUGGCACUGUGAUUGCGACCUGCAGAGGGUGUUCAGGAAGUUGUCCAGCAUCCACAGGGUCUUCCUGGAUGACUACCAGGAGCUGAGGUGCAGCCAGCCCACCGAACUACAGGGCAGGUCCAUGGGAGAAGUGGAUGAUGAGCUGUGUGUCGGAGAGACUGUGACAGUGCUCAUUCUGACGGUCACCGUGGUGAUCACCGUGGUAGCUGCCAUUAUCAUGGCGGAGAAGAACAAGAAGAAUAGCGUGGCUAAGAACUGGGAGGAGAGCGUGGGGCUGGACACCUACUGUGACAAUUACAAUUAAGGCUGUCACCUCCUCAUGAUACAAUAAUGAAAACUCACUGUGCCUCAGUUCCCAAUGUGGUUAGAUCUGAUCUGAUUAACAACAUGGAAUGCAAGCAGAUUUUCUUUAGAUAACUAUAACUAUUCUCAAAGAGAUUCACCCUCUUAGCUUGUAGAAUAGGA